AUGAGUAUCAAGAUUCCUCCAGGUGCUCCUGUUUUUAAGGCCGUGAAGACUCAGGAUAUUAAAACCAUGAGCGAGCGUUUUGUCUACAUGAUGAACGACCGUGCCGGUGAUGAUUAUUACUUCAACUGCAUUGACCAAAAGAGAAAAGGUCUUGCAAAGCAAGAGCAACCAAUCAAAGUUCAAAGCAAUAAAUCACAGCGUUAUGAAGGCUUUGCUGAUAUUGAUACACCAAGCUUAGGUGUUUCACGUCUUAAACAUUCAAUCGAAUCACAACCAUUUAAUACAAUUUCAGGCAUCGAACUUGAUUAUUCUCUCCCAUUCGAAUCAAACGAGCUUCUUAUCAACAGAUUCUGGGCAAAGCUCAUCCAAUUGGAAGAGCUCAACAGAUCACCAGAGAGAAAUAUGCCAUCUAUCAAUGCUUAUGUUCGUUUCUGUGUCCACCUCAUCGAACUCGAUGAGACAAGUGCCUUUGAUGUUGAAGGAAAACCAGAACAACAUCAAAAUUUGGUCUACUUCUUAAACCAAGAGACCGGACAGAAGUCAUUGAUAAGAUUUUUGGAUAUGCUCCCCAAUUUCCAGAAGCGUUUCUUCUUUACUGCUUUUAUGGUACUCAAAGAUAUCAAUGUCGAUGAUAACAGCCAGUUUGCUAUUGAUUUCUAUACUCGCUUGAUAGCUUUCCUCAAGACAUGCAAGCCAAAGUGGGUUGUUGCUUUUGCUCGUGAAAUUUCUCGUGCAGGAUUUGCAAACUUAGCUGCAAAGAGAUUCAGACUUGGUUGCGCUGCUUUAGUAUUCUCUCGUGCUCGUAAGUUCCUUACAGAAAAGGGUAUUGACAAAGCAGAGUCUAAAAUGCUUACACAUUCCAUCCAAGUCUUCGGUGAUGUCAUUGAGAAAGACAAGGCAGUCCUUCUUGCAGGAGAAUUCGAUACUGCUUUCAUGGGUGUUAUUCUCCACGCAAUUCUCAAGGUAUCUGGUUCAAACUCCAAGAUUAUCGCUGUUUUACGACAAAACAAUGCAUAA